AUUGGAUUUGAUUCACUACUUGUGGCUCUCAAACUUCAUUGCUGCUAAUUUGUCAUUUUCUAUACUAUUAAAUACUCACCAUUUCUUAUAUGCAUUUCCUCAGUAUAAAUAAGCCCCCCUCACUCCACAUUUUGUACUAAGAUCUCCAUCUUCCCCUCUCACUAAUACUACAUUUUAAUUGCUUUCUUCUCUCUAUCUUAAUGGAAUCCCAACGCCCUCUUGCUUCUCUUCCUCUGCUACUCCUCUCCUUCGCCGCCAUGUGCUUGCGCGGCGCUUACUCCGACUACGGCGGUUGGGACAGUGCCCACGCCACUUUCUACGGCGGCGGUGAUGCUUCCGGCACCAUGGGAGGUGCUUGUGGGUAUGGUAACUUGUACAGCCAAGGAUACGGUACAAACACGGCAGCGCUAAGUACUGCUCUUUUCAACAACGGGCUGACCUGUGGCGCUUGUUACGAGCUGACCUGCUCCACCACCGACCCCAAAUCGUGCCUGCCCGGCACCAUCACCGUCACUGCUACUAACUUCUGCCCGCCCAAUCCGUCGCUGCCCAACGACAACGGCGGAUGGUGCAACCCUCCCCGCCAGCAUUUUGAUUUGGCUGAGCCCGCUUACUUGCAAAUUGCGCAAUACAGAGCUGGAAUCGUCCCUGUUUCUUUCCGAAGGGUGCCCUGUCACAAGAAGGGAGGAAUAAGGUUCACGAUCAACGGCCACUCAUACUUUAACCUAGUCCUGGUCACGAACGUGGGUGGGGCGGGGGACAUCCACUCCGUCUUGAUUAAAGGAACCAAGACGGGGUGGCAAGCCAUGUCGAGGAACUGGGGCCAGAACUGGCAAAGCAACUCCAACCUCAAUGGCCAAGCCCUAUCUUUCCAAGUCACCACUAGCGACGGAAGGACCCUCAUUAGCAACAACAUCGCCCCGGGUGGCUGGCAGUUCGGACAGACAUUUGAAGGGGCACAAUUUUAAGUACUUAAGUUAAAAUUACACCAAGUGUUUGAAAAUUGAUUUUUCCUUAAACUAUUAGGCCAGACCAAAAAAGAAGAUUGAGAGUUAAAGUGAGAUUAAUUAGUGUAAAUUGGCGUAAAAGGGUGAGAGAUUUGGGAGAGGCUCAAGGAGCUGUGGCUCUAUUGCUGUGGUGGUAGGUUUGCACCCGCUUAGGCCGAAUAAGUUAUAUGUAUGCAUUGAAUAUACCUAAUUGGUGUAUACUAUUUUUCUUUUUCUUAUUUCUUUUUUUUGGGAUUUGGUCUUGAAGUGAUAUGUAGAUGGUUGCUAUAAAUUGGUGCUUCCAUCGAGGAUACCUUUUAGUGUGUACUAUAAGUUUGUAGAUUUAAUACUUUGAUUCGGUAAAAAUGCUGAAAUUGAGGUUAUUGUAUUGAGAUUUUUAAUACUAUCAUAUAUAUAUAGAUCUAUGUGUCAUUAACUUUUUA